AUGUCAGAUUCUCUUGCCUUCUUCUUAGUUACUAUAGAGCUCAUUCUGUUCUUUGCCUUUGACUUCCUCUUUGCCCGUGUUCUUAACACACUCAAACAGGAUCACCCAGAGCUCGAAGAGUGUGCACCGGAGGAUUCACCGGAUUUAGACCCUGUGGCCGUUAUUGAUUCCCUGCGCCACACCGUUGUGGAAGUGUAUGAACACCACCAACAACACUACACACAAGUACCACAACAGGCAAAUAGCACACCGGCAAAUGUGGAAGAAGUGGAGGUGAGACCCAUCUCGUACGUUCGUGAGAAUGCGCUGCACACGACUGUUGUGAUUUGUGGUGUUGUGGCUCCUGUUCUGACGGUAUUGCAGUUUCUGUUGCCAUCUGGUUUUCACUGGUGCCGCUUUGACCCGCCGCCGUGGCUGCAGUUCACAGGCGUUGUACCCGGCCUCGCGGCGGUGAUGGUGUUUGCGGCCCGCGCCAUGCAUGCAGGAUCGUUGAUGGAAGUAAGCCGACAACAGUGGAUUACACUCAUGUGGUUCCGUCUUGAUUUUAUGUUAAUUGCGGCCGGAGUGGCGUUGAUUGGUGCUGGGGCGUGGCUGGUCGCCCUGUGCAUGUCUGCAGUGGCAUUAUAUUUGGCACAUCGUGUGAUGCGCAUUGAGCGGCGGUUGGCGCGACUCACACGUGAGACUCGAUUAGUGCGGGGAGAAGUGGAUGUGCAGCAUGUGUAUGCGCCUGGCACUGUGGAGGCGCAGCGGGCCUUAGCCUCCUCUGAUGUAGAGGGGUAUAAUGCACUUAAGUGA